AAACUGAAUAGACAAUAACAGGGACAUGUACACAGCAAGUAUGCACAACAACUUUUGUUUCUCGCCCUUUAGCGUUUUAAGGAGGAUAUCAUUGGCGACCAGUUUUUAACUAAUACGCACAGUUUGAUUAAUUGCGUGGUUUUCUUUUUAACGUCACCUAAAACUUCCUUCUGAGGAUGAUUUUUGCUAAUACUGGGAACCCUCUAAGGACUCCGUAUCGCAAACAGCCACCUGUUGGCCCAUUGUCUCACCCCAUGGCUCCACCUAGCCCCAGUACCAACAACAACAGCAGCAGCAGCAGCAGCACUGGAGGAUGGGACCAACUCAGCAAAACAAACCUCUACAUUCGAGGCCUGUCCCCCUCAACCACAGACCAUGACCUGGUCAAGCUUUGUCAGCCGUAUGGCAAAAUAGUAUCAACAAAGGCCAUCCUGGACAAGACUACAAAUAAAUGUAAAGGAUACGGCUUUGUCGACUUUGACAGCCCGGCUGCAGCUCAGAAGGCUGUUGCUGCCCUGAAGACCACUGGUGUCCAAGCUCAGAUGGCAAAACAACAAGAACAAGACCCAACAAACCUGUACAUCUCCAACUUGCCUUUGUCUAUGGAUGAGCAGGAACUGGAGAACAUGUUGAAGCAUUUUGGCCAAGUUAUAUCCACCCGCAUCCUCAGGGACUCCAGUGGAGUCAGCAGAGGAGUUGGCUUUGCCAGGAUGGAGUCAACAGAAAAAUGCGAUGCAGUCAUUUCUCACUUUAAUGGAAAGUUCAUUAAAACGCCUGCAGGUGUUCCAGCACCAUCAGAACCGCUUUUGUGCAAGUUUGCCGACGGCGGACAGAAAAAGAGACAAAGUCAGAAUAAAUUUAACCACAACAGUCGUGGCUGGCCGAGGGACAGUGACUCCAGACUGGCUGGGAUGACACUCACGUAUGAACCCAGCACAGCUGUGAUGCAGAAUGGGUUUUUUCCGCCACCAUACAGUAUUUCAAGCAGGAUGAUUGCCCAAGCCUCCAUGUCUCCGUACAUGUCUCCUCUGUCUACAUAUCAGGUGCAGAACCCAUCAUGGGUGCCUCAUCAACCCUAUGUCAUGCAGCAUCCAGGUGCAAUCAUAUCGCCCUCUAUGGACCCAUCAGUGUCACUGCAGCCCACUUCCAUGAUGGCCCCACUCACUCAGCAGAUGGGUCACCUGUCUCUGGGUGGUGCAGGAACGUUUAUGGCCACCAACACUGCAAUGCAGGGAGCAUAUAUCCCUCAGUACGCACAUAUGCAGACAACAGCUGUUCCUGUCGAGGAAAAUGGUGCACAAUCCCAAGCGGACUCUUCCGGCAAUCAUUCCCCCUAUUCCUACCAACAAACCAAGUAGUGCUGUGGUUACACUUUGACAAUGGCGGAGAAAAAACUCACACCUACAACUCCAGUGGACAAUUAGGAAAAUUUCACUUUAAUGCGCAGGUUUUGCAACUUCUAAGUGACUAUUUUUGGGAUCAUUUACAGAGAGUUUAUCUGAGUUCAUUAAAUGAUUCAUAUUCUAUUUAAAAAAGUGUUUUAUUUUCAUACAAGAAAAUGUUUAUUUUUUACUAGGUUUCGCCACAGGACACAAGAAAGAAUCAUGUGACUGCUUGUGCAAAGUGCACGAUAGUAAAUAUGUCUUUUAGUAACUUUUUUCCUGAUGUUUUUUUGUUUGUGUUUGUUUUCUUUUAGCCAGACAUUUUGAAAAUGUUUUGUGCUUGCUGUGUUGCUAUGGUGAAGUGUUCAGUAUUGUUUUCCUGUAAAGUGAAUUCUCCUAGAGCUUCAGAAGGAAAUUGCAGUCCUAGUGACAAUACUUUUGAUACAGAGGGGCAGUGAACUGAAAAUGACAUCCCUUCUUUAGUUUAUUCUUAAAAAUAAAAUAAAAAACAGCGUGCUCUUCUCUACCAAAACUAGUGGGAAUGUAGAACAAAUGUUUUCUACAUCUGUUAUUUUAUUGAAUUGCAUAUUUAUUUAGUGAGAAGCCCUACAUUUUGUUCUGGAUGUUGAAACUGUUCUGGAAAACCAAAUUUUUUACUUCGCCUUUUUAAAAACUUAGCCUCAUAGGAUCAAAUUAAACUUGGUGGGAAAGGGGAAUGAGAAAGGGCACACGUGUUUUGUUUGUUGGUUUUGCUUUUACUUCUUGGGUGAUGUUCACUGUUGAUUGGAUGAGAAUAUGUAUUCUCAUUCACCUGAAAAUUCUCACAGGAAAACAUGGAUUUGAUUGUAGGAAAAAAUUAAAAGCCUUAUCCUCACACAAAGGUGACACAUCAGUGAGUUGGGCUGGAAUUAAAUGAACAGGUGCAUCUUAUCGCACCUCGAUCUCUGUUAGAAAACAAACCAACUUGGCGCUUUCAGAGGUGGCUUUCUCAUCCAGAGGCUGUGUGAUAAUACACCAAAGACAUGGCAUCGUUUGUCUCUUUUACCAGGGCGUAAGUGACACAGAAAACUUGAUAAAAAUUUUAACAGUGUGCCUUUCUUAGUACAAUUGAGGUUUUGUUUUGUUUUUCGAUAUUAGUUCAGUACGGACACAAACAAGCAUGAAGGGAGUCUCCCACAAGUGCUCCACAUGACUUUUCAUAUAAGGAGAAAAUAAGAAAUGCAUCCUUAUGGUUUAGACUUCAGUAAAAUAAAUUUGUCAAAAGAGAAAGGAAGAGAUUUCUGCUUCAUAGCGUAGAAAAAAAGUAGAUUCAAACAAGUUUUAAUUUAGGUGUCUUGCUGUAAGCCUGUGAUUUGACCUGGUCGUCAGUCAGACCAGUUAUCUACCUCAGAGUUUUCCUCCUCCUCUGUAUUCGGUUGGGAUAGCAGAUCCAGCCCGCCCUUCCGGACCAAACGCCACACUCAGGAGCUGGCCCUAUACAGCUGUUUCCUUUCAGGUUGUUUUGAAUACUGUUUACUUUUCAAACCUAUUUUUGUAUGAUCUGUAGAGAGCCACCCUCUCGACUGGCAGUAGAUUUCAUUUGCAGUGUGAGAACAUGUUAAUUAUUUUCGUCUUGGGUCGUGAAAAAGCAGCAUUUCCUCUGUAGUUGGCUGAGAAGAGCGGGACCUGUAAAGGGCCUCUGUGAUUAUACUUGAAUAAUCUGUGUAACGCCUGAGACUGAUGAGUAAUAGUCAUUGUGAGGUUCAUGCUGCUAGAGGUGUCUGAACCAAGUGCCAUACUUAAGAGUUGAACAGGUGCAAACAUUAAAAACUGCUCAAGUAACAACCCCAUUGAACAGUCAUUAAAUUAUAGGGAAACCUUCUAACUUAUAAAAACUUUUGUACAGACAGCUUGAUGAGAUUUUUCGACUUGUAUGAAAGUUACUUUAUUUCAAAUUCGUGCCAAGGUAACUCCUAUGUUCUGCAUCUCACCUCUGUAUUUUUGUUUUAUAGUGUUUAAGACUUUUUUCAGCAGAAUGUUUCCCAGGGAUUAUCCUGUUCCUUUUUAAAAAAAAAUAAAAACAACAAUGUG